AUGAAGGUUGUAACAGACAAUUCAGUGUUGUUCUUCCUGGAAAUAAAGAAAAAAGUUGCUACUAAAAUAACAGACUUACCAUUGUGUGUCACUAUAAUUCAAGAAUCAAGCAAUGAAAAUGACCUUCUUCUACUAGCAAAUCAGAAAGCUACAGCAGAAGAAAUGGAGGUGGGGACAUUAUUAAUGCAAGCAAAUCAAGCUUCCAUCAAUGAACAAAUGUUACUUGAAGAAGGAAUGUCAAGCACAACAAAUGAGGGCAUAAAUGUGUCAUACAUACCCCAUUUUGCUGAAGAAGUAGCUGAUUUCAUAAUUGAGGACAAUACAAAAAGAAAAAAGAAGUUGGAUGAAAUCCAACUAGUAAUAUCUGAUUACAGAGUGAACACAAUAGAGCAAGGACAAAUUUACAAGGAUAAGAACACAGUCAAAUCAACCCUUAGCUACUAUGCAAUGCUGCAUAACUUCCAGUUCAAAACAAAAAGAUCAGAACCUAGAGAGUACCUAGUUACUUGCGCAGAUGAAAAAUGCAACUGGUUGGUGAGAGCAUCUAAGUACAGAAAUCAAGAUUUAUUCAAGGUACGGAAAUGCAAUCCAAAUCACACUUGCUCUGUUGAAAUUGUUUUGGAAGACCAUAGGCAAGCAAAAAGCAUCGUAGUUGGGGAAUUAAUAAAGAAUAAGUAUAAGUCAAUCAAAAGAAAUUACACUCCAAAUGACAUCAUGAAUGAUAUGAAUGAUGACUUUGGAGUAACUAUGGGAUACACAAAAGCAUGGAGAUCAAGAGAGAAAGCUUUGCGUCUAGUAAGAGGGAACCCCGAUGAUUCAUAUCAGAAGUUGCCAAUAUAUCUUUACAUGUUGAAGAAAGCAAAUCCAGGAACAAUAACACACCUACUCACAGACAAGGAAGAUAGAUUCAAAUACCUAUACAUAGCUUUCUCUAACUCAAUCAAGGCAUCAACGUUAGAUUCAAACAACAACAUUUUCGUGUUGACUUUUGGAAUAUCAGACUCCGAAAAUGAUAACUCAUGGCUAUGGUUCUUCUCCAAACUGCGAGAAACCUAUGGAGAACCCGAAGAAUCUGACCAAAGUAACUGGUUAGCUCCUGCAUUGUCGGCAGGAACCGUCGGAGUUCGAGGAGAACGGCGCAUUCCGACAACGAUCAAGACAAUUCACCAAAAUUUCUGA